AUGGCGCGUAAUGGUUUUACUGAGAUAAUUGACACUUGGAGAGAUCCAUCUAGAAGAAAAGAAACUUCAUUGUCUCACGCUGCACAUUCACGCACUACCACUAUUGUCUGCAAUCUUGAGGAACGGUGUCUAAAUUGGCUCACGGCAGUUGCAAAGACUCUUACUAAUCGGGUCCACCCCAACUUAUUCCCGCACACAGUACCACCACGGUAG